AUGAAGACAUCGAUGGCGUGGCAAGACUUUCGGCGCUCAAACCAGGCUGCCACGGGUGUGUCAUCACAGGAUGGCGAUGACUCUGCUGGAGCAGAAGGGGACGGAUUCGCGGGUAUUACAUCGCAUGAGCCAGAGGACAUGAUAGUGGAACUUAUGGAUAAGUCCUUCCAUGCGGGUGAAGCGCUGGCGGAGAGAGAGCACGACGUCAGGCAGCUCAGCAAACAGGUGAAGGCCGCAAAGGCAACCAACCAGCAACUCGAGACCGAGGUCGCCCGGCUGACGACGUCUAAUGAAAAGCUGGCUGACGAUGAGGGCCGUUGGCACUCCAUAGCAAGGGAACUCCAGAGCAGGAUGGAGGCCUUCAGGAAGGUGUACGGCGCGAUCAGUGCAACAGGCGUUCAGGACAAGAGCAACGACGGCAGCGGUGAAGACGUCGACGAACAGCGCCAGCACUCGACAGCUCUUGACCAGCUCCGCUGGCUCAAGUCAGCAACGAGGGAGAUGGAAGACGCUUUAGCUGCUGCUCGGGAUAACAACUCCGCGGUCGAGCUCGCCAAAGAGCAAGCACAGACCCGGGAAGCAGAAGUGCGCAAUCGAUUGCAGGCGCGAGUGUCCGAGCUUGAGGAAGAGAUUGUAGUUCGAGAUGCCAACUCCCAGUCGGAGCAAAGCGCUCUCCGCGACGCUUCUGCUAAGCAAGCGCAGGAGUUGCGGCAAGCUUUAGAAGAAAUCACUCACUGUCGAGCAGCGUGCGCAACGGCAGAAGCCACUGCACAAGCCGGAGAGGAUGCGAGGUGCGCUGCGGUCGAGAUCGCGACCACGAUACAAGCACAGCUCGAGGGGGCGCAGGAGGAUGUGAAGCUGGCUCAAGAGGGAACGCAGACCGUCACGGGACACCUCGCUGAGGCCCGUGCUGCGGUAGAAACAUCCCAGACGGAGGCGAAGCGCAGGCAUGAGGCGCAAGGCGUUGCCGAAACCAGCGCCCAACAAUUAUCACAACGAGUAGUCGAGCUGGAAACUCUGCUCCAGGAUACACGACUGCAGGCGUCCCAGGCGGAGGGGGACCUAGCUGAUUCCUCGCAAAAACUCACGGAGUUGUCAAAGGUCGCCCAUACGUACCGAGGACAGGUUGCAGAGGCCACUACCAACUUAGGCGAGCUCCGUUCGCACGCAGACGCGCAGGAGAGACGGCUUCGAGAGUCGCUGCAGAGAGUGACGGAACUAACGGACGACGUGCAAACACUCCGUGCUCAGCUCAAAGAGAAAGACGCGGCGGCCAGCCGGGCAGAGGGCGACGCCGAGAGAGUUUUGCACGGCACAUCUGUGGCGAUAAGGCAAGCCGAAGGACUUCGUAAGGAAGUUGAGAGACUUAAGGCGGGAGCCAUGGCAAUGAAGCGAGAAUAUGCAGAGCAAGCUGCAGGAUUGGGUAACGAGUUAUUGAGGGUGACGGCACGCGCGUCAAGGGAGCACGCUGCACAUGCUCAAGAGCUGCGCGACGAACUAGCAAACACGAAGCAAGGGGCCGCAUCCGUUGCUGAAGAGAGUGCCGCGCAGGCCGAAGAAUCGCGCCGGCACCUGGCGGGUGUCUACGCUUCGGCCGCCCGUACCGCUCAGGAGAAUGCCGUACAUGUAUUAGCACUGCGUCAGGAACUGGAGCGUGCCAACGUGGCCGUACUUACUGCUCAAGACAACGCUACGAACAUUGAAGGACUGCGCCGAGACCUGAGCAUGGUCAACGCGGAACUGUGUGGUGCUCAAGAUGAAAUCACACGCGUGAACGAGGCCCGCAUGGCAGCAGAGGCCGAUGCAAGGAGGUCGGAGAGUGCUAGGGUAGGUGCUGAGAUGGCGUGGGAGGAGUCACGGCAGCAGGGGGCUCAGCUGACUGAGGAUGUGCGCGCCCUCAAGGCACAGCUGUCCGAGGCAAGGGCUUCGGCAACCCAUCUGGAAGCGGAGAUUGAGGAGCAGAGGGGGGCCUUGGAGAUGUCAAGCCUUAAAGUGAACCAGCUGGAAAAGAGGGCAAUCGCGGUAGAACGGGCUCGAGAUGAGGAGGCACCUGAAACAGCAGCAUCGGCAACGGUCGGAGCCCCCGGUCCACUCCCUGUGGUAGCGGCACCGGUGUUUAGGGUAAACGGCGACACGUGCGCUAACGUCCUGUUUGGGGUAACCGCUCCGGCUAACAACGGAAACGCUCCCACCGGCGGAAAAGAACAAGCCUCUGCGAUAGCCAAUGGGGUGGCACCUUGCUCUACAGGCGCUGAGGCUGAACAACUUCAAGCACAUGCGGAAGCGAUGGAAUUAGAGCUGAGAUUUACGUGGGAAUCCUUCCAGCGGCAACUAAGCGCCAUGGCUCGUGAGAAGGUGGCCAUCCAGAAACAAGUCAAAGAGGUCACUGGGCAAUGUACCACCCUUCGAAAACAGGUGUCGCACUACAAAAAGGUGGCCAAGGAAAGGGAGGCGACUGAGCAACAUGAAGUUAUCGAGCUUCGGGCUCGCUUAGAAGAGGCACAAAGGACACUGGUGGAAAUGUCGCAAGAAUUGGCUGCAAAGACACAGGAGACGGAUUCGUCCCGAGCCCUUGCAAACACUCUGGAGCACCGGAUGCAGGAGGUUGAGUCCGACAUGUUGGGGUUGAGGAAGGCUUUGGAAUCUGCGUCUCAAGAACUGUCUGCAAAGGAGCGGGAAGCGGUGUCGGCCAGAGCCCUAGCUGACACUCUGAAGCACCGAGUACACGAGGUCGAGUCCGAAGUGUUGGCAUCACAGAAGACUUCGGAGGCCACGGAGGAAGAGCUCGCGUCCGCCCUUGCCAGCGCAAGCAAGCUGCAAAGUGCCUUGUCCAAGGUUUCUGAGCUCGAGAGCGUUGUUCGUGGUUUGGAAGGGGAGAAGCUCCACUUGAAUGAGACCACCGAAGCUCUCGCAAGCCGAGCCAGUGCUAAGCUUUUAGAAUUACAGGAGGUGAUUCGCUCGCAAAAGGAAGAGAAAGCGAUUGCGUCGCAAACGUUCGACGAAGCCGAGGGGGCGCGGGCGACGCUGAUGAUGACGUUGAGAGAUAUCGCUGAGCUGGUUGGGUGCGAGCGCAGCGGAGAAGCUGUUGUGUCCAGCCUCAGGAUCGCAGACAAGAUCACCGAGGUAAAGCAGCAGCUGGCCACUGCGGAGGACGUACUGGAAGCCACGGCGCAGGCCUUGCUACGGACUGCGGUCGAGGGAGAGGUUGCCCUCGGUUCAGGGUGGAGCUGGAUCACCCGUGGCGUCACCAGCCUGCAGCGCCGAAUGCAAGUUGCAGAAUCGGAGCUUUCGCGAAGGGCGGUAGCCCAAGACGAUGGCGGUCUUCGUGACAGAGCACAGACGGAAGAAAGAUCAACAUCAGCAGUGGUCGAAUGCAACGGAAACACUGUGAUGCAUGAGGUGGCUCUCCGGCAAGCCAAGGAGGAAGUAGAGACCGUCAAGGCGACCCUCAGGAAGGAGCGGCUUCUGAUGGUUGCUUUCCGGAGAUGGGGUCACUUUUACCUGGCCUUGAGCAAUGAGGCCCUUAAGAAGCGGACCAAGGAGAAAAACCAGGCUCGCAGCCGGAGGGCCAAGCCAGAAAUCACGCCGUCGAGCAUGAUGGAACAGACGCGUAACGAUACAGGGCGCAGCCGCCGGCGUGGUGGUGGGCGAGAGCCGUUGCAGCUGACGUCCUCCGAGGUUCGACUCAUGGUGGAGAAGGAGGCCGUAACGGUUGCACGCGAACUCGCGGGCGCACCCACUGCAUCGUUGCUCGCGCUUGUUGACGCGAGGAAAGAUAUGGACGACGUAUCUAUGAAGGCCCAGGCGACGCUUGGCGUGUUGUAUUCGCAGCCGCCGUUGACGCAAGACGCCGACGUGGCGAAGGAUGGCAGCAUGAUGCGCAAGAUCGAGAGGCUUCCCCACGAAGAGGGAGAGGCCCUAAACGCUUUGCCAUCGCCUGGCCGCCAAAUGAGGGCAAGUGCCAAUAUUAGCGUCGAAGCCGCAGGGGCUAACCUGUCGGAAGAAGCUCUGCCGGAGCCGCCGACCGCGCCGAUUGUGCCGAUCAGUCAGCAGGAGUCCGAGGCCGCCCAAGCUGCCGAUCUUGCGGGUGUGACGAGGGCCCUAAACAAUGCCCCACCGGGCAGGACGACAGGGCCGCUGGUAGAGGAUGGUGUUUCGAAGAAAGAGCGGGCCGAGUUCCUCAAGAGGCAGAGGGAGGAGCGAAAGUUGAACAGGAAGAAGGGAAUGCAAGCUUCCUCAGGCAGUGCGGGGUUCCGCAACCGCCGGACGUCUGCUCCUGCGACGAUGACUCCGGCUGCCGUCGACGCACCACCAGGUCCGCGUACCCCACCAACUCUCCACCGCGAGGCGAACUUCUGCCAAGCGACUCCGAAGACGGCCAUCGAAGACAAGGGAUCAUCAGGAAGCAAGCGAAUUCCUCCCCCAUGUAUGGCGUUCACUGCUGGCGUGUCACCGAAGGACGCGGCACCGACAGGAGAGGGCCAGCAGGGCGGGGGUCCGUCCUCACGUAGUGAUUCGACGCCGACUGGCGAGGCUGUUCCACCCUUUAGGGCGUCCCCGCCCCGUAUGUUCAACCCGAUGGCUGUUCCCCCGCCUAUCGCACCUCCGAGCGCAACCACCAGCUCCCACGCUCCGCCUCCCAUGCACCCGUCCAUGGCGUUUAACGUCAACGAGACGGUGGAAAGGGCGUUGACGGAGGCGAGGCGCGACGCCGGCUUAGCUGAGAGAAACGCGACGUUUUGGAAAUGCCGAUUAAGGGAUUUAGCGGUGUGGGCGGCAUCGUUUGUUAUUCUCACGUACGCGUCCGACCACGGGUUCGAGGGCUGCUAA